GUAAGAUUGAAAAUAUUUGAAAAAAAUACAAAAAUAUUAAUGUUUUUUGUAUUACAGAAGAUAAAAAUUUGACUGUAAUAUAUAACUAGACGCACUACAAAUUGUAACCGUUACAUCAAAUGACGUCUCUACUAAUUUUAAAGUCAAUACUAUUAGCAAGUUAUAUGAAUAGAAGUAGAAAGAAAAAAACAGUAAAAAAAAAGAAAAUUGUCAAGUCAGAAAGUAAAUUUAAAAGAUGUAGAAUAUGCAAUCAGCAGAAAGGACAUAUUCCUUUAUUUAAUAAUGAAGCUCAUCCACAUAUUGCUGAAGAAAUUAAACACUUCUCUGGUGUAACAAUAAACCGCAAUGAUAAUUUACCAAAGUACAUGUGCCAAGGAUGUAUGGAUCUGCUAAAUGGAUGUAUAAAAUUCCGUGAUAUGUGUCAAAACAGUAAUAAGUUACAAUUAGAACAUUCAAUUAAGGAAGAAUGUCCUUGUUAUAAAAUUGAAACUAAUAAUUUAUUGGAUUGUGAAAAUUCAUAUGACAUGCCAUCACCUCCAAUGUACAUAGACAAUUCAGAUAUUUGGGACUGUUCAACAUGUAGUAAAAAGUUUCAUGAUAUGACUUCAUACAAUAACCAUUUAAAUAAAUGUACAAGCCAAGUGACUGAUGAUCCAAGAGAAAAUGGUAUAAUUAAAAAGAAGAGUUUUUUAUGUGAUAUUUGUGGUAAAACAGCUAAAUCCAAAGGAAGUCUUAAUGUACAUAGGGUUAUCCAUGAAGAUGUGUUUCCGUAUAAAUGUGACACAUGUUCAUAUCGGGGUCGGACGUUAGACUUGUUGAAGGUACACAAAAGGUCUCAUUUAGCAGAUAAACCAUUCAAAUGUACUCUGUGUCCCAAAACAGCGACCACUACAAGUAAUUUAGCUAAACACAUGCGCCAUGUUCACAGUACCUGUAGGCCUUAUAAGUGCAGUUAUUGUGACAAAGCCUUCUCUUACCAACAUGACAUGAAGAGGCACCUCAGAGACAUACAUUUAAGACAGGGCAGGGUCGAAUGUGAUGUAUGUUUCAAGAAAUUUAACACAAAAAAAAUUUUGCAAGGACACAGAUGGAAAAUACAUAAAAUAAAAGGAGGUAAACAGGGACGAUUACCUGCAUAUUUACAAUGCAACAAGAAUAAAGAAUAUGGUAACACUAUUAUGACACAAAUGAAAUAAAUAAUUAGUACAUGGCUACAG